AUGCUUCUCGACACAAAAAAGGUAGAUCUCGAUGCCAAAGACACAAAAUAUGGCCGCACACCAUUAUUAUUGGCUGCCGAGGGUGGUCACGAUGCUGUUGUCAAGAUGCUUCUUGAUACAAACAAGGUAGAUGUCGAUGCCAAAGAUACAAAAUAUGGCCGCACGCCAUUAUCAUGGGCUGCCUGGGGUGGUCACGAUGCUGCUGUCCAAAUACUUCUUGACACAAACAAGGUGGAUGUCAAUAUUGAAAGUUUAGACGACACUACACCACUACUCUUGGCUGCUAAGGGUGGUCACGAUGCUGUUGUCCAGAUGCUUCUCGAUACAGACGAGGUACAUGUCAAUACUAAAAGCGUAAACGACUCUACACCACUACUUUUGGCUACUAAGGGUGGUUACAAUGCUGUUGUCAAGAUGCUUCUCGACACAAAAAAGGUAGAUGUCGAUGCUAAAGACACAGAAUACGGCCAGACAUCAUUAUCAUGGGCUGCCGAGGGUGGUCACGAUGCUGUUGUCCAGAUGCUUCUCGACACAAAAAAGGUAGAUGUCGAUACCAAAGACACAAGAUAUGGCCGGACACCAUUAUCAUGGGCUGCUGAAGGUGGUCACGAUGCUGUUGUCCAGAUGCUUCUCGACACAAAUAAGGUGGAUGUCAAUACUAAAAGUGCAGACGACUCUACACCACUACUUUUGGCUGCUAAGGGUGGUCACCAUGCUGUUGUCCAGAUACUUCUUGAUGCAAACAAGGUGGAUGUUAAUACUCAAAGUAUUGACAACUCUACACCACUACUCUUGGCUGCUAAGGGUGGUCACUAUGCUGUUGUCCAGAUGCUUCUUGAUACAGACAAGGUAGAUUUUGAUGCCAAAGACACAGAAUAUGGCCAAACACCAUUAUCAUGGGCUGCUGAGGGUGGUCACGAUUCUGUUGUCCAGAUGCUUCUCGACACAAACAAGAUGGAUGUCAAUACUAAAAGUGCAGACGACUCUACACCACUACUUUUGGCUGCUAAGGGUGGUCACGACGCUGUUGUCAAGAUGCUUCUCGGCAUAAACAAGUUAGACGUCGAUGCCAAAGACACAAAAUAUGGCCGGACAUCAUUAUUAUGGGCUGCCGAGGGUGGUCACGAUGCUGUUGUCAAGAUGCUCCUUGAUGCAGGAGGUACCUGUGGAUAA